CGUCGUGGCUACAUAGUGUACGAGUUGUUCUCCUUCUCCUCGGACGACCCUUCUCUUCCGGGUUCUUGGCUUUGAGGAUCCGAGAGAGAGGGGUCUUCUUAGAGGCCAGGUGGUGGAAGGUCGUGAGAUCCAAUGGCUCUUGGUCUGAACGCACAGCUUGGCCUUUCGACGGCAUCCUUCGGUGUAUUAUCUUUCAUUCUGGGCAUAGUCGCUGAGUUUGAAAAGCCUCCAUACGGAACUCCAAUUCAAGGAAAGGAUGUCAUCAUCUGUAAGUUUCCAAGCGAUCCAACAGUUGCAUUAGGUGCCCUCUCAGUUGUUGCAGUCUUCAUUUCUGCCGCUCUAGGGAUUCUCUCUGUGUUCUUCCCUUACAAAGGCAAAUCUGUUCCAAGGAAUGUCAUGUUCCAAAACUGUACAUUCUUUGUAUUCUUCCAACUGUCAGUGGUGUUGACCCUUUCAGGGGCAGGAAUGAUGUUAAUGGGAAUUAUCCAAGAGGCGCUUCAACACAUCCACAAUGUGCACCAAGAUCUUGAGUAUGCUUGCCCGACGGCGAAGACCGGCGUUUUUGGAGGGGCUGCCUUCUUGAACCUCGAUGCCUCGCUCUUCUGGCUUGUUAGUCUGAUGCUAACAAUGAAUGUGCGAGAAGAUUAUUUUGGGGAGACUGAGGACUCCAAAGGCGAGUACGGUGAAGUUUUAAUUGAUGAUAAUGAGACAAAGGAGGAUAAGCACACAGCAGCUUAAGUAUGAACAAACGGACUAGCACCAGAAAGGAGAUAGCAGACACCAACAUUGCCCUUCACCAACCCAUUUGAGAAAAAAUUAUUCGAACUUUACAUGAAUGGUUACCUGCAUCCUUGUAGAUAUCCAUCAUUCUCCAACUAGUGCCAUAUGGCUUGAUGUUGUGAAUUGUUUUGCAAGUUUAGGUGACUUGCAAGGCAAAUUAUAGUAUUGUUAAACUUGAUACUUAUAUUGUUGGCUUGGAUGUUAAACUUGAAUUAUCCGCUUAAACUUUUGGGAUCGAUUGUUAGUUGUUA